AUGGCAUCCACAGUAUCAACAGCAAACGACGAAGAUCCCAAGGUCUCAAUCACGCCACUCCUAAAACGACUAUGGCAUGAAUCGCCAUCGACAAAACCCAACGCGGACGAGAUUGCUGCAGCACUUUCCUUGAUCUUCACAAACAGUCUUUCAGAGGUCCAGAUAGGUGCUCUGUUGACAUGUCUCCAUUUCACCGACGAAGACAGACAGGCGGAAGUGCUCGCCAAAUGUUCAAAAGCUAUGCGAGACUUCUCGACCAAAAUCGACGUACACGCGCUUGAGCAGGUCCUCCAGAAACGUGGAAGAAAGGAGGGCAACUACCAUGGAGGUUUGGUUGACAUAGUUGGCACGGGAGGUGACUCGCACAACACUUUCAACAUCUCAACGACAUCUUCUAUCCUCGCCAGUGCGUUACUUAUGGUGGCAAAGCACGGUAACAAAGCAUCCACAUCGCGCUCAGGCUCAGCAGACCUCCUGGCUUGCGCUCCCCCAAAAGCACCAAUAAUCACCGCGGUCGCCCCCAGAACCAUCAACGAAAUCUACUCUGAAACCAACUACGCCUUCCUGUUUGCACCUAUAUUUCAUCCUGGUGCAAGACAUGCUGCCUCCAUCCGCAAGCAGCUCGGCUGGCGCACAAUCUUCAAUCUCCUCGGACCCCUUGCAAACCCCCUGCACGAGCAGAUCGAAGCUCGAGUCCUUGGUGUAGCACGCAAAGAGAUUGCCCCUGACUUUGCUGAAGCGCUUCGCCAAUCCGGCGCCAGGAAAGCUUUGGUCAUGUGCGGUGAUGAGGAAUUGGAUGAGCUCUCAUGUGCAGGACCGACGCACUGUUGGCGCCUGAUUGAGAACUCUUCAGGCGAGGUUGACAUCAACUUCUUCAAGCUCUCUCCGGAAGACUUUGGGCUGCCAACACACCCGCUGAGCGAAGUGUCGCCGGGCCAGUCACCAGAGAAGAAUGCCGAGAUCCUGAUGAAGAUCUUGACUGGCGAAGUCUCACCCGACGACCCGAUCUUGCAUUUCGUGUACAUCAACACUGCUGCUUUGUUCGUAAUCAGUGGUAUCUGCGACGCAGACACGAGCGACAUGGGCGAAGGCGAUGAUGGCAAUGUCAUCAAAGAGGUUGGACCCGGCGGUGGACGCUGGAAAGAAGGUGUGAGAAGAGCAAAGUGGGCUAUAUCGAGCGGCGAAGCAUACAAACAGUGGCAAAACUUCGUCGAAGUCACUAACAAAGUGGCUUAG